AUGGAGAAUAGCUUUGAGAGUUUAGUUAGUGAAUUUUGCGGUUCUAAAAACAAAGAUUCAAUCAGUAUGUAUCAUAGGUCCAAGUUAAUCAAAAGAUUGCGCCAGGGAAGGUUUAGAAUAUCUUUACAUCGUCUACCAGACUAUUUAAAGAUAGCAAAAGAACUUGGUUUUAUUGAUACGUUAGUUUUCAAAAUGCUUUUGGCCCAGAUAGUUAAUUUAGAUCUUUCUAUUGGUAUUGAGUAUGAUAGUUAUGAUAAACAAGAUUGGAGUCUUUUGUUAGAAGAGGCUUGGCGUGAAGUAUCUCUAGCUGAAUGGGAGACUUCUCCUAUCUCUUCAGGUGAGAGUGUUAGUCUUAGUGGUAGUUUAAGUGAAGAUAGUUUGCGAUCUAAGGUGGUUGUUUUACUUAAAGGAGCCCAAGCUUUAUUCAAUCAUUGUCGGGAGUGUAUGAAUGAUGGAUUAUUUGUAGUUCUAAUGGAAGUCUUUGAAGAGAAGAUUCUACCUUCUUAUGGACUGAUGGUUAGUCAGUUUAUUUUGUUUUCUGGGAUAUCUAUAGAUAGGCGGAAUAUGAGUAAUUUUGUUUCCUUUUUGAAUGCUCAGAUCUUUACUGGGUUCUCACCUCUGCGUGAAAAGCAGAUUGUUUAUCUUAGUUCUUUCUUGGCUAGUGUAGCGAUAGUAGAUACUUCUUUGCAUGUGAUUAGUACGGGGUUUGUAGAGAAGGCAGGAGAAAGGAUGUUAUUGGAGACUGAUAGGAUUUCUGGUGUUCUUUUGUAUGCUUUGAUGCACAUAUCUAUGGCUUGGCAUGGCAGUGUCUGUACUAAAGAUAUAGAUAGAGUGAUUUUAAGAGUGAGUGAGAAUACUAGACUAGUAGGAAUGGUUAAGCCACAAAUUCAAACGAUGUACCAGAAGAUAGUACCUGCCUUUGUACCACAGUUAAAACAAGAGCAUAUUGUACUUAGUUUUCCAUUUGAAGCCUCGCCUAUCCCUUACAUUCAUGAUUGGAUUCAGAACUACAAAUACAAAUAG